UUAUUUCAUAUUUGCUGGUGAAAUAUCAAAUAUGAAGUAAAUUCAGAUUUAGAACUUGCUGUUGUUUUUACCAAGUGCCAGGAACAAAAGUAACAUUCAUUAUUAAAAUUAUUUCGUCACUGAUACAGGUCAAUCAGUGAAAUAAAUUAUGGUUAAAAAAAGGAAAAGUGUUCUUAAAUCUUCAACGCAAGUUGUUGAUUCACCGAUGAAAGAACCAAGGAUUAUAAGAGGUAAUCAUUUAGAAAAGGCUCGUAACAGUUUAAAUGAAGCUCUUGAUAUUAUUGCAAAGAAAGAGCAUAAAAAAGCUGAUGAUGUGACAGAUAAUGAUGUUUUAAUUGUUGAAGAAAAUGAUACAAAUAAACGAAUAAAGAAAAAUGAAACCAAGCUGGAAGUUAAAGAUUCAUUGGUAUUGAAAUUACGAGAUCGUAGCAUUGAUUUAGCUUCUUUUACCAAUAAUUCAGCCAUGUAUUCUAUAUGUCGAGCUUGGAUAAAAAAUGAUCCAUUAUCUGCAAGACAAAUAAAAAGUAAGAAAUCAGAAAAUUUGGAACGUUCACUUAAAAGUGAAAAUGAAUCAUCUACAAUCGAAGAUUAUGUCUACAAGUUGCCACCACCUAAUAGCAGACCUGAAAAUGAGACAGAUAUAAUUCACAGAAUACCUAUGAAUUUACCAAGGGAUAUUACAUCCACCUUAGAUAAUAAAAUUAAUAAAGAAGAAGUUCCUACAAUCAGUGAAUUACUUAAUGAGCAUAGGAAUAGAUGGCUUAGUAUACGACAGCAGUGGAUUAAAUUCAGUAAUGAAAAUGAAGCCCGCUACUCUAUGUCAAAAAGCAUUUUGAAUUCAAUGUUAAACAAAGAUAAUAAUGUUUAGUACUAUCACAAUAUACCAGUCUACAAGAAACAUAAUAUUUUUAUUAACUUUAACUUUAAUUAAAUAUUUUAUUUAUAUUUUAUAAUG